UGUAAAGCCUCGGUUACUACGCUAGUGUAUUCCGUUGACUCUUUGCACUAUUACAAAACGGCAAUACUUCAAAUAAAGUAUUAGGCCGUAGACAUUUCACCUCCCCACAAUCAUGAACAGUAGAGAUGUCUGUAAUUGACCCUAGUAAGGCAAUAAUUGCAAACUUCCAGUAAAGAAAGACACUCGGCUUUAGAUCGAGGACCAAUGUUUGUUAUCGAGGAACAAUUUUCGGCAAUUUAUUUCAGUCAUCUCUACGACAAAAACCUCCUCGAAGAUUCACUGAGAAUACCAUGUGUGCCCCUAAAUCCUGCAAAUUCCGCGUGACGCCAUGAUUUCCCUGUUCUGUCUGGGAGUUUCCCGCUUUUAUCCGGGUUAUCUUUCCAUCGGCACUCCGGUGCGUGGAAUGGUGGGAUGUUUGGAUUAAAGCGAUGGUUUCUGUUUCCCACCCCAGACCCCACCCGGGGGUGUCAGUCCCGGAUUCAACGUGAUGCCUAUUGCCUUGGUACAAAGAGAUCUAUCCCAGCCUACCGCAGCAUCUGCGACCUUUUGAGUGCAUUCAAGGCCCGGAGACAUGAUUUAUUUGGUUUGUCGUUCACUAUAAUUAAGUUAGGAAUCUAGUGCAUCGAGUAUUAUAUUAGUGACUUUGCACUAGUACUGUAUGGAACUGCAUUUGUGUUGCCUCUUGUUCGCUACUGUAUGUACAGUGAUUUAUUUAUUACAGCCGGAGGCGUGGUAUCACGGUAAAAACGAAUGUGGCCAUUAUGUGGGGAAUUAAAUCCCUUGAAUUUCGUGGAUAUUGGGCACGACAGCAAUUUUACCUGCCGUACAUAUUUAUACCUUUUCAGCAACCUUGAACCAAGGUGGUUACCAAGUUACAGUUGAUGUCGGCAUUCAACGAAAUUCUUCCGACCUGCCAAUGGAAAAGCUCACACAAGCAAAAAUGGCCAGCCAGCGCCCCACACCACAGUCGACAAUAGCACGCUUAGAUCGCUGGAUACGCAAGUCCUGGAAAUCGCUGUCACUCACUCCACGACGCAGCACACUGAGCAACGUCGCUCACCAAACGGACGAUAUCGCCGCUGUUACGGCAGCUUCAUGCACCGCUUCCCCAUCCCCGGCCGACCAUGGCUCUACCGUCGACAUCAACUGCGGACAAAUCCUGGGAAAACAUCUGCAACCAGUUGUGUACGAAAUCACAACGCAGCAGUUCGUUCUGGGUUAUCUGUGCGAUGUAGACUGGGAAGGACUACGUGUUUUGGUGGAUUUCGACUAUUACGACAACCCACCCUUGUGGUUGCCCGUCGCGAAGGUGCAGGAACGUAGUGGAGUAGGAAAAUGGGAGCUCCGCUACGAAAGGACGAUUGAAGCUGCUCUCCGGUUGGAAUCCGACCAACCCUACGCAUUCCAUCCAGCGCGCAUAAUUUCUCCCGUUGACGACAGCGAGGGUCCAAUUUGUGUAGAAGUGACACCUCGGGGCGGUGAUGGACCCAUUCGAAAAUUUGUGCAUCCGCUCCAGCUGCGCGUUGUGAGGGAAUAUCCGCGCAGCGCGGACGCCGAUGAAGUUAUGUAUGAAUGCUGUAGUGAGCUGCAAAAACAAACAGUCCCUCUGGAUUUUGGGCUGAGUGCGGAUGACAUUGACUUGCAGCGCUUGCUAGAGGCUUGCAACGAAAUUCCGUAUAUAAAGGUGGUCCGGAUAUGGCUGGACACCCAGUGUAUUCACUGUGUCUACACGAAAAGCUAUUCGGGAAUUUUGGAUGAGACAAAUUUAAAAAUUCUUGUUCAAAAAUCGCGGCGUCGCGUUACUGUGCCUGAGAAGCUGUUGGACUUCAAUAACACUGAUGCCGUUCGAGACGGUUCCUUGGUAAAGCUGCCGUAUGAACUGUUGGAGGGGAUCGUGUUAUCAAUCGUAGACGUCCACAGCAUGGUCCGCGCUCAGAAAGUUUGCAAGUGCUGGCACGACAUUAUUCUCGGUCAAGAACGCAAACAUGUCGUUGUUGACCUGACCAAUCUGCUCCCACAAUCCUCCAGCGACCAGGAGCAAGAUUACAACCGAACUCAUCUUCUAAACAUCCUCGACACUACCGUGACGCUGGCGACAGUGGCGCUGGCGCUAAUGAACGGCGAUGUAAAUCUGGAGUUUGGCAGGUACAUCGUAGGGUUUCUGUCGAUUAAGGUCCCAUGUUUGCCGAUGAUUGUCCUGAGGAAUGUACGGUGCUGUUACCCCGUGGCACGAAACUACGAGCAGCGGCGGCUGGAGUGGGCCAAUCUCCGCCAGCUCAUGCAAGCAUGCCGAGAACUGCAUCUGCGAAGCGUGAUUGUUCCUACCUUCCUCGCCUCCUUUGGCUCCAUGUGGACCGUGCCGACUCAAUCCCGACUGGACGUCGAUGUUGUCGUAGAUAAACUCGUGCUGCACUCCACGCUUAGUGAAGCCGACCGGCUGGAGCAUUUUCUGAAGGCGCUGGACGUUGGUUGCCCCGCGUUAACAGCGUGUGAUUGGAAAACCAUUGACGAUGCCUAUCGUGCAACGCUUUCGCGUGCCGAAUAUCCGCUUAGAAGCCAGCUCCUCAUGAUCCAGUUGCUAAAUCAAGCGAUAACCGGACAAGCUGCACCACCGUUGUCCAGACUCGCUGCUCAUGCCUUCCGUUACUCUUAUCUCACGGAGACGUCUUCCAACUCCAUUCCCGGCAGCCGUCAUCCUUCCCGUCCAACGCCACGGAACUCAGAUCACACAGAUAGAGUACCCAGACACUAAAGUCAGUUUCGGUUCCUGGAACAGUCGGUCUCAGCACCAAAGCGAUGGUUUUAUAUUGACCGCGCGCCAGUGCACUGCGCUGGAUUGUCGUAGGACGUCGCAGCAAAUAAAUUAUAGCGCAACAAGUUAAAGUCACCUGCAAUGUGUAAUGGAGCUUUCAGAACGAGCUUGGAAACUGUCUCUCCACAAUUAUGGACAGCAGAGAUGCCUGUAAUGAAUUCUUCUCAUUUUCGACCGAUGGCAUCAGAGCGACGCGGUGUGGCUGUUCAAGGUCGGGAACAAAUAUCAAUUCCCGCUUCCGGCCUAGCUCCCGGAUGUGGUCCAAGUAGAAGAUGACACCAUGCGUUAUAAUCUGUGGAAGCCGGCACGGAUCGAAGUUGCCGGGGCAAAGAAUGUAGUCGGAGAGCAGACUUUGGAAAUGCGUUUACUGCGUAUUUUUUUAUAAAAUUCCUGCUGUUAACUCUAAAAUUCUCGAUUCCAGUUCUGUUACCCGUCUUCAAAUUUCUACUCAGAUCUGUGAAUCUGUCUUAGUUCUAGAUCUGUACUUGCAUUUAAUUGCUUUUUUUG